GUAAAUCCCACGUGACCCAGAUGGCCGUCAUCUCUCACUGACUGGAGACAGAGGAUGUGCAUCACUGUAAAUUUAUCAAUUAUGUAGACUCUGGAUAAUUAGCAAGUGCAAUGUGGCAAAAAACGGACAGAAGUCAAAAAUAUGGAGUUGUUAUCUACAACUACCACUCCAGACUGCCACACAGACUAGAUUUAAAUAUUGGAGACACUGUUCACAUAAGUGAGGAAUUAGAUGAUUGGUAUUAUGGAUACAAGAUAAAAAACAAAAAUGAGAUUGGAAUCUUUCCCAAGUCUUAUAUCCAUGUGCGAGAAGCUGUGGUUGCUAAAUUUGGGUCCCUGGAACGUGUGACCUCCACAGAGUCUCCCAUUGCACAGGAAAUCAGCACAGUGCUGCGAGAAUGGUACAUCAUUUGGAAACAGUUCUACCUGGACAGGAACGAGGAGUUGGAGAAGGUCCAAGGAAUGAUGUUAGAACUGAUGGACUGGAGAAAAAAAAUCAUGUCCAGGAAACUGACCAACGAAGAAGUCAAAGAUCUUCAACAGAAAGUUUCCUCUCGGAUAGAUUUUGGAAAUGCGAUGCUGGGUUUGGACCUGGUGGUCCGGGAUGAACAAGGAAACAUCCUGAAUCCUGAUGACACCAGUGUUGUAGAGCUGUACAAACUGCACGAGACGGCAUCAGACAGAAUCCGGUUAGAACAGAACACGGUGACGGGGGAGAGGGAUUUGUCUGUUACAGGACCACAGACAUUCAAUCUCUUCGUCCAGCUGAGAAACUUUGUAUGUCGGAUCGGAGAAGAUGCUGACAUACUGAUGAGUUUGUAUGAUGCCAAAUUCAGCAAGUUCAUCAGUGAGAACUAUAUAGUCCACUGGGGCAAAGAUGGUGUGCCAAAAGAUAUAGAUAUGUUAAAUAAUUUCCGGGUUGUGUUCACUGAUCUAGGCUCAAGAGAUCGCAAUAGAGAAAAAGUAUUUCUAGUCUUCCAAAUAAUAAGAAUAGGUGUGAUGGACCCCAAAGAUGUGGACGAUAAGAAGCAGACGAGAGGACUUCGCCGACCGUUCGGUGUGGCAGCUAUAGAUAUCACAGAGUACCUCGGGGGACUGAAGAGCAACAGUGCCGAGGAGGAUAAACAAAUCUUUAUUCCAUUUCAGUCAUGUGGAGAAAAAGAAUUUAUGGAUGGUCUUAUCAAAAAGGUUGUAGUUGCAAAGGAAAUUAACCAUAAAGGUCAGGGAUUGUGGGUGUCCUUGAAAGUUCUUCAAGGAGAUGUUAAACAGGUCAAAGAAGAUUACCCCCAUUUGAUUGGUCCAAAUACUUGUGUCUCCAGAAAGCUGGGCUUCCCAGAUGUCAUUAUGCCAGGUGAUGUGCGUAAUGAUAUUUAUGUCACGAUAAAAAGCGGAGAAUUCACGCGGGGACCAGCUAAAACUGCUGAUAAAAACGUGGAGGUGACGAUGCUUGUCUGUAACAACAAAGGAGAGAUCCUUCAGAAUGUAAUUAGUCAUGGCUGUGGGGGUGAGAUGAUGUCUGAGUACAAGACUCUUAUCUACUACCACGAGGACAAACCAAAGUGGCACGAGACAGUCAAAGUUGCUAUAUCGACAGAAGAAGAAUUCAAAGGCUUACAUCUUAAGUUCACAUUUAAACACAGAUCAACAAGUGAUGCAAAAGACAGGUCUGAGAGACCAUUUGCAAUGUCAUUCAUCAAACUCAUGAACAAAAAUUCAACGACGCUGUCAGACACAGAUCAUAACCUGCUCGUCUACAAGAUUACAGAGAAGAAGGAGGAUCGAGAUAAAUUUUCUCCGUAUUUGGAUUUACCGUCAACAAGAGAGAAGUUUGUGGAGGAACAGAACAUGCAGCCCAAUAACAAAGUGACCUUGUUCUCGGGGCCCUUCACUCUCAGUGCCAAGGACAGCUUUGUCGUCAGUUCAUUCGUGUGUUCAACAAAACUCACCCACAAUGUUGUUUUGCUGGGUCUCCUCCAGUGGCAGGAUAUAAUGACGGACACGACAAAACUCCGCGACCACCUGGAGAAACUCAUGAUGGUGGAAGGAGAGGAAAUUGUCAAGUUCCUUCAGGAUUUGCUGGACUCUUUAUUCAGUAUCCUGAUGCAGAACACCAUUUCUGAUGUCUACGACAACCUGGUGUUUGAUGCCCUGGUUCACAUAAUCAGCCUGAUCUCAGACAGAAAAUUUGACCAGUUCCGGCCGGUGCUCGAUGCUUACGUUGAGAGUUCUUUCAGUUUUGCCAUGGCCUAUCAGAAGUUGAUGAUAAUUUUACGAGACUAUGUGGACAAAGCAAUGGAGACCAAUCAGAAAAUCCUGAAGAGUGCCAUGAAGUCCCUGGAAUACCUGUUCAAGUUUAUUGUCCAGUCAAGGAAUCAUUUUGCCAGAUUAAAUGAUGGCAGAGGAAAACAGUCUUUUGAGUUACAACUUAAACAGCUGAUUAAGUCAAUAAGCAGCAUGAUGUUGUAUACUAGUGAUAACACACUGGUAGCUCAGGGGUCAGCUUUGAAAUAUAUUUGUGCUACGAUACCAGACAUCUUAAAAGUGUUUGAUGCUGUUGAACUAAGUCAUUUAAUGGUGGAGUUUAUUAAUAAUGUGCCAAAAGAGAGGUUGACCAAACAAAAACUGAAGUGUAUAGAAGAUCUUGUACAGAGCAAGUUAUUUACAAUGCCAGAGUGUCGACAGAUUCUCUUGCCUAUGAUGUUACAACACACCCGUAUGUUGAUGGAGGGGAAUGAAGAAAUGAAAGAUUGUAUAGAUGUCUUAUCUAAUAUACUCAAUCUCACUUUUCCUAAAGACAUGGUUUCCCAUGAUGAAGACAUUUCUUUGAUAACAAAAAUGAGUUUAAGAACUGUGAUACAAGCCUGUAUAAGACUAGACAAGUCCACAACAGAAGCAAUAAAAUGUGUGUGUGUAUUGAUGAGUAUGCUAAGACAGAUGAAGGACUUCCACUUUACACAGUAUAUGGCCAUGGAUGACUUCAGCUUCCUCAUAGACCUGAGGGAUUUCCUCAUGGAAAUCCUGAUGCUAUUUUUAGACCUUGUGUCCAAUAAUGUCUUCCCAUCGGACUGGAUGGAGAUGAUUAUGUUAGAAAACAGUAUUAUACUGCGUGCCUUGCAAAUAUUCGCGAGAGUAAUACAUGAAAGAUUUACUCAGGAAUUUGAGCAGGAGCUGUGGGGAUUUUUCUUCAAGUGUUCAAUAUCAUUCCUUACCCAGAAAUCAUUACAGCUGGAACAUUUCACCAGCUCUAAGAGGACCAAAAUAGUCUGCAGGUACAGAGACAUGAGAAGAGAAGCAGGUUUUGAAAUAAGGCAGAUGUGGUUCCAUUUAGGUCCACAUAAAAUUGAUUUCAUUCCGGAUUUGGUUGGUGCUGUUUUGGAAAUGACAUUGAUUCCGGAGAUUGAACUCAGGAAAGCCACAAUGCCGAUUUUCUUUGACAUGAUGGUGUGCGAGUUUAUGCAGAUUGAACCUUCCACAAGAAAGAUAAAAGGCAACUUUAACCAAGUAGAAAAUGAGCUAAUAAUGCAUCUGGAUGCCCUAGUGGAAGGGGGACAGGGGGACGAAGAGUACAAGGAUCUGAUCUGUGAAAUACUCCAUAAGCUGUGUAGUGGACACAGUACCCUGAAGGACCAGGGACUGAGGUUUGUUAACACCAUCAGGGAGUUACUACAACAUUUACUGGAGUACAGGAAGAUUAUACAGAGUGAGGUCAAGGAGCUUCGUAUGAGCUGCAUUGUCAAUCUUCUGAACUUUUACCAUGAUAUAGGAAGGCAGGAGAUGUAUAUUAGAUACCUGUACAAACUUUGUGAUCUCCACAUGAAAUGUGACAAUUAUACAGAGGCAGCCAACACAGUCAAACUCCAUGUCAGUCUGCUCAGGUGGACAGAUGAUGGAUUGGACCCCAUGCUCUACAGCACCUGGUAUCCUGAAGCUCGCACGCACAGAGAACUCAAGGAGAGUCUGUAUUACGACAUCAUCUCUUUCUAUGAUAAAGGAAAGAUGUGGGAAAAGGGGAUAGAGUUAACAAAAGAACUUGUCCACCUCUAUGAGGAAGAGCUGUUUGACUAUGAAAGGCUUAGUGUGAUCUUGAAGAGACAAGCUGAGCUGUUUGCCUGUAUCAUUAGGGAGCUUCGUCCUGAUCCGGAAUACUUCAGGGUCGGAUAUUACGGCCGCGGAUUUCCCUCCUUCCUACAGAACAAGGUUUUCAUAUACAGGGGAAAAGAUUAUGAGAGACUUACAGACUUCAACUCUCGAAUGCAGACCUUAUUUCCCAAUGCGGAGCUUCUGAAGUCCCUAUCACCACCCAGCAAUGAAGUGAAAGAAUCUGAUAAACAAUAUUUACAAAUUAAUGCUGUUACUCCAGUGUUAGAGUUACAAGAUAGAUUCCGUGAUAAGAAUGUCAACGAAAAAAUCCUCAAGUAUUAUUCUGUGAAUGAGGUACAGAAGUUUACGUUUGACAGAAGAAUAGAAGAGGGUGGUGGGGAUAUUUCACGGAUGUGGUUAGAGAGGACCUACCUGACGACUCUCUACUCAUUUCCUGGUAUUCUUUGCUGGUUCCCAGUUAACCACACGGAAACGAAAAAAGUGAGCCCUCUAGAGAAUGCCAUUGAGACGCUGGAGUCCACCAACAAGAGAAUCAACUCCCUGAUUGAGCAGCAUAUCUCAGACAGCCACCUGAGUACCAACAACCUGGGGAUGUUGUUGAAUGGAGUGGUUGAUGCUUCAGUCAACGGAGGAAUAUCUAAUUACAAGGUCUUUUACUCAGAAGGCUACGGGGAGGCAGAAGUCCAGGCACAUCUAGUCUGUAAACUGAAGGAAGUCACCAAAAAUCAAGUCAUGCUGUUACGAGAGGCAUUAAAUAUACACAAGGGAAAAGUUUCUGAAGAGUUGAAGCCUUUCCACGACCACAUGGAACAAAGAUUCCGUGAAAUGUUGAAACUUAUCCACAAGGAGUAUAAUCUCAAUCUUCCAGAGGCCCAUCACACUGCCACACUGAAGCGCUAUAAAUCUAUGUCAGCUGUCAGCCUCACUCGACUCAGCCAAGCGUUUACUUCCAUGAACAACAACCAGACAGUGACAGAAAGGGUUACUGUGGUACAUCGCAGAGCCUCGUAUGCAGUUCCGAACCUGAAGAUUUCGCCCGCUGGCCGGUCGCCCUCGGUGUUCGUGAAGCCGGAUAAGACCACCCCCACUACUCCCAUAAGACCCACAGUAAUGGGCAGGAAAAAUCCAUUUAGUCAAAAACGUACUUCUGUGGCCUCCACGGCUAAUUUAUCUGACCACUCCAGUGAAGGAGGGGGGAGCAAUAGAAAUUCACUUGAAGCACCUAUUGAGUUAACAGAGCAGCUGACUCCUAGAAGACCCCUCCGAGACGAGCAGCGGAGACUGAGUCGUCCCAAUAGCUUCCAGUUGUUGACACCCAUGAUGAACAGCACCAGUAAUUCAAGCCUAGUCUCCAACACUUCAUCCACCAUUGAGGAUUCAGAGCAGGGGGAUGAAAUGCCUACACCACCUCUCCCAGAGAAGACCUCAUUUUCUGACUACAGUAACGUAGAAAUCUCAUCGUCGCCAUCACACGCUCGCUCUAAUAGCGGCAAUCGUAAAUCCAAGUCAAGGAUUUUCCUCUUUCCAUGAUCAAGUGUUCAGAUUAACCACUAAACUUGAUGUCAAUACUCCAUGGAUGUGCUUUUGUGAUUUUGGAAAGGAUUAACUAAACAUUUUGUGUUAAUACAUGUAUAUAUUAACUAUUAAGGACUGGAAAUAUCAAUGAUAAACAGACUAUUUCUAAGGUCUGAUCUAUACCUAAUUAAAAAAAAAAUAGUGUAUGUUUCAACAACUUUUUUCCUAAGGUAUGUCACUUUCAAGAAGAAUCAUGUAUUUUUAUUACAUGUACAUAUGUGGCACGCCAAAUUCAUAAAAAUGAGCUAAACAUAGUCUCACAGGCGAUAAACUAGGUUUAUCGGUUGUAAACUAUAUUUACGAACUUUGAACUAUAGUUAACAACAUUAAUCUCUAUUUUACAUCUGUAAACCAUAGUUAACACAAUAAUCUACGUUUCAGAACUGUAAACUUAACACUGAAAACAAUCAUUUGCUAUUGCAAAACAUAGAUUAUCUGAUAAAUACAGUUUCACGAUUUGUAAACUAAGGUUUACAACUCUUAAAUAUAGUGAACCAUCUGAUAAAUAUAGUUUCACGAUUUGUGAAACUAUGAUUAACAACUCUUAACUAUAGUUCACGAUUGUAAAUUAUAGUUUACAGACGUGAAUCUAUGUUUUUCAACAAAAUCUAUUGUUAACGUUUUAUUUCAGACAGAUAAACUUAGAUUAGCAUUUGUAAACUAUAGUUAUCGUUAAAUAUAGUUUUACAGAAGAAAACUAUACUUAACGAAUUGUUAACUACAGUUCACGGUUUGUAAACUAUAGUUUACAGUCAAUAAACCUAGUUUAUCAACUGUGAAUCUAUGUUUAGCUCAUUUUUGUGAAUUUGGCGUGCCAUGUACAGAUACACUGUAGUUAGCAAAGUGAAAAAUACACAAUGAUCAGCUUAACAACUUAAAUUAAGUAAAAAAAUUUUAACUUGUAUAUUAGCUUGAUAAGUAAUUUUACUUCAAAUAAAAUGUUCAACAUGAUUUUGUAUUUGAUUACCGGUAUUAUACUAAUCUGCAAUAUUUUGUAAUGUAUAUGAAAUAAAAAUAAAAUUUGAA